AUGGAAAAAUCAACAAAUACAGCAUUAGAAAGUUUAACUAAAACAUCAACACCAAAAAACAGCAAUUAUCCUAAAACUGAAACUAUUACAGAGGAGGAAUUAAGGUUAAAAGAAAUUAUAACAGCUGAAGAUGUGUUAUCUUUACAAACUAUCACAUCAGAUUAUCUUUGCAAUUCUCAAGAUAAUACCUAUGAUAUAGAAUUUACAAAAUUUAAAAUUAGAGAUAUGGAUACUGACCAGGUACUUUUUGAGAUAGCUAAACCAUCUGAUGAUGAAAUAUUAGACUCAUCAGAGGAAGAUGAAAAUGGAAGUAAGACACUCCAAUCUCCUGAAUCUUUAAAAAAUAUUGAAGAUGAGGUAACAACAAGAACAGCCUCAAGAUUUGUAAGAUAUCAAUUUUCUUCUAAUUUUCUUGUUCUUAAACGUGUUGGUGCAACCAUUGAAUUUACCGUUGGAGAUAAACCAGUAAAUAACUUUCGUAUGAUUGAAAGACAUUAUUUCAAAGAUAAGUUAUUAAAAUCAUUCGAUUUUGACUUUGGUUUUUGUAUACCAAAUAGUAAAAAUACUUGUGAACAUAUUUAUCAUUUUCCAAAAUUAUCUGAUCAAUUGAUAGAAGAAAUGAUUGCUAAUCCAUAUGAAACGAGAAGUGAUUCUUUUUAUUUUGUUGAUAAUCAAUUGAUUAUGCACAAUAAAGCAGAUUAUGCUUAUGAUGGAGAUUUUUGA